UAUUUGAAUACAAUCUAUAAAUAUUUAAAAUUCCUGCUGCUUACUCCGUGAAUAUGAAAGCUGCCGCUGAGAGUUUCAUUGAUGCAUUAUGAAAGUGUGUUUGAUUGAAUUGUUGGGAUCAUAAAAAUAUAUUCUUGAUCAAUUUGUGACGAUAUUCCUUGCGAUAUGGAUUAACAUUUAAAAUAUAUAUUAUUUAAAUAAAAUAUAUAAAUAUUUAAAAUUCCUGCUGCUUACUCCGUGAAUAUGAAAGCUGCCGCUGAGAGUUUCAUUGAUGCAAUAUGAAAGUGUUUUUGAUUGAAUUGUUGGGAUCAUAAAAAUAUACUCUUGAUCAAUUUGAGACGAUAUUCCUUGCGAUAUGGAUUAAAAUUAUUGGAUAACCAUAAGAAAUGGCUUGAAGGAAAGACGAAACAUCAGAAAAUACUUUAAGAACUCUUUGAAGAAAUGAGGAGAUUGUGGUGUGCUAAGUGCAUAGUGAGUUUAUUGGUAUCAGUCGCAUUAACAUUCCAUUUACUUCGUUUAGGAACAAACGAACAAACACUGGAUAAACGAAGUACGUAUGCUUUAGAACUGGAAAAUUCCAAAUCUAUUGAUAUACCACCUACCAGUCAUUCUUUCACGAAAAGUAUUCCAUACUUACGACGAAAGUUAUCCCAAGGUAAUACUGUGACAGCCAGAGAGACUUUAACGCCAAAGUGGAUUGUAUUGGCUGGUAAUGUUACUGUUCACGAAGGCACUAAAUAUGUGCCUAAUUAUGUUUCAUUCGACGUCAAUUCUCCAUAUUUGUGUGCCAAUUUUUAUGAAUACAAAACAAAACUACUCAUUUUCGUAGCAUCUAGUGCGAAUCAUUUUGAGCAGCGGCAAGCGAUUCGCGAAACUUGGGGUCUGAAGCUUUUGCAACAAGCUUACAAUUACCGAGUGGUCUUCCUUCUCGGCAAAACGAAAGAAAGCGAACAACAGCUAAUGACGCAAGAAAGUUACAGGUAUGGUGACCUAGUCCAAGUCAAUUUAACCGAGUCUUUCCGAAAUUUGGGGAGGAAGUCUGUAGCUGGUCUUCAAUGGACAAAACAAUUCUGUAAGCAAGCGGAUUUCAUCAUGAAAACAGACGAUGAUAUUUUGGUUCAUGUUCCGAAUCUCUUAAAAGCGUUGGAAGGCGCAGAAAAAACUGACCCUCUGCUGAUGUGCCAUGAAAAUAGAAUGCGGCAAAUCUUAAGGAAAGAAUUGCUGGAUAGUGCUUCCAUUCCACCAACAUACCAUAAGUACGAAGUUUCUGAGAAUGAGCUACCUGGAAAGUAUUACCCACCAUACUGCUCAGGGAUGGCUUACGUAUUUUCCAGUACAGUUAGAGACUGGUUGCUAGAAGCAAGUGCAACAACGCCUAUCUUUUUCAUCGAAGAUGUAUAUUUGACAGGUUUUUGCCGUCACAAAGCUGGUGUCAUAAUAAAACCGCAUAGUGGCAUCACCUUGCGACCUCCUAUUGACUUUCACCAAGCUGCUUGUACUUUUAGGGACGGGCGUAUUUCUUCUCAAGAAGUAGGCGUUAAAGAACUCCGGAAAUUGUGGGUGGAGACGAACACACAAGGUUUCUUUUGUCCUCAAUUACUGGGUUAUGCCAAAGAUCGAAAGGAAUUCGAGUGAUGAAGUAAUGAGGGAACCACAACAUAAAAAUGACUAGUCUACAUUUGCAUAAGCUGGAACAAAGCAAAAACCGCAUGUCAUAUCAUUUAGGAAGAAAUAUUUUAUGGGCCAAAUCACUUAGUGGUGAAUAAAUCAUCAUAAUAAGUUAAAAUUUCAUUUGUUUAUAUAUUUCCAUGGAUUUCUUUUUAUGUCAUUGACAUGUUUUCGUAUUAAAAAUGAUUUUAAAAAGG